GCGGAGCGGCGCUGCGGGCGGGCCGCCAGGGGGCGCUGUGGCGCGGCGGCGGUGGCAGUGCGGGCGGCCAUGGCCCGCUGGGGCCCCGCUCAGGAGCCCGAGUGGGCGCCCGAGGCCUGGCAGCCGCUCCCGCCGCAGCCCCACGGCCACGGUCCCCUCCCCGGCCCCGAGGGGGACAAGCCGCCGGCGGUGCCCGAGAUCUCGCUGUGGACGGUGGUGGCGGCGGUGCAGGCGGUGGAGAGGAAGGUGGAGUCGCAGGCCCUGAGGCUGCUGAGCCUGGAGGGGAGAGCGGAGACGGCCGAGAAGAAGGUGUCGGGGCUGGAGAAGGCGGUGCUGGACUUCGGCAGCCGGCUGGAGCGCAAAUGGGCCGCCCUGGCCGCCCUGGUGCAGGAGAACACGCGGCGGCUGGAGCACGUCGAGCGGCAGCUCCAGCACGGCAGCUGCUGGGCCCCCAGGCCCGGCCCGGGCCCUGGCGGGGAUGAGCCCAAGGUGCCAGCGCUGUGCGAGGAUGCCGGGGCCAGUUUGCCGGAGCAGGGGAGCUCAGACAGCCGGCAGAAGGAGCUCUACAGGAUCGCCAUGAAGGGGAAUUACGAGGCUGUGGCAUCUCUUGGGCCCGGGGACACCAGCUCCAAACCUGUUCUGCUGCCGCUGGCUGAGGACAGGGAGGAUUUGGGUACGAGGACCCACGGGCUGCUGGAGAAGGGAGCGAUGCCGGGGCACCUCAGUGGCGGUGAGAAGAUAGUGAUCAAGACAGAAGAGCAGCAGCCCCAGGAGGAAGCAUCUGAAAUCCUGGCUCUGCCACGGGCACCCUCGGUGAGACUGGAAGAGGCGGUUCCCCUGAGCCGGGAGCAGCCGGUGCCCUGGGAGAGCCACGCUGGCUUGGAUGGACAGAAGGCAACAGGAGAGGGCUUAGGGGAGUUCUGCAAACACGGGGCUGCCCAGCCUGAAGUCAAGCCCAUGGUGGUGCCGGUGGAAGCUCACCCUGCCCCGGGCUUGCCCUUUCCAACAGAGCACGUGCUCGGCAUGGGGACUGGCCAGCCGUUUGCCCUGACUCAGGGAAUGCCGCUGGGAGAAGAGACCACCACAGAGGUGGCCUCAUCGCAGCCCAGCUUAGAGGGUCCCUGCGCCAUGGGGGAAGAGCCCCGCGUGCUCCCACUGGGAUGGAAGAGCGUCCGGCUGAAGCGCAACCUCCUGGCGCGGCAGCAGAGCCAGGCGAGGAAGAGCAACGGCUCCUUCAUCUGCACAGCCUGUGGGAAAAGCCUGGCCCACCACGCCGCGCUGCUGCGGCACCAGCGCCUGCACACGGGCGAGCGUCCCUUCCAGUGCCCUGCCUGCGGGAAGAGCUUCAACGAGAAGUCCAACCUCAACAAGCACUACCGCAUCCACACCGGGGAGCGUCCCUAUCGCUGCCCCGCCUGCGGCAAGGGUUUCAUCCAGAAGCACCACCUCCAGAAGCACCAGCGCAUCCACGGGGUGCAGCUGCGGGGUGGGUGGGCAGGCCGGCCCGCGCGGGCCAGCGCUGCCGGGGAGCGGCUCUACCGCUGCAUCGAGUGCGCGGAGACCUUCCCCCAGAAAGCGUCGCUGGAGGAGCACCAGCGCCGGCACACCCAGCAGCGGCCCUUCCAGUGCAAUGGCUGCAGCAAGAGUUUCCGGCACCGGCAGUCUCUGAACCACCACCAGAAAGUCCACGCCGUUGCCAGCUCUCCUGCCACCAGCUUAUCGAACCACGACCGGGAGCUGAAGACCAGCCCCUGCAAGGCUUUGACCCAGGAUAAUCCGUAGCACGAGGGCUGGAGAAGGGAAGGUGCGGCGUUUCUCCAGGCUGCUCCGCAGAGGUGCACCAGCCUGCGACGAUGGGGCACGCCAGGAAGCUGGUGUUGCACUGCCGCAGGGCUCGUUGCACCACCGAGAGGCUCUCCAUGAUGCCGUGGGGCUCUCUGCACUGCCAUGGGGCUCUGCACCACCUGGGUCUCGAGGAGGAGGAGGAUGGAGGCAGGCUGAUGUGCUGCACAGGCAUGGAAAUGCGCAGGGGGUAAAGGAACUGGCCCAAGAGGCAGCAGAGGAAGUUCAGUGCCUGGGGCCGAGCCGGGUUGUGCCGCUGCCCCGUGGAGGGGGGAUUCGGCUGAGGAGCAGCUGUAUUGGGUACGGCGGAGUGGGGGGUGGAGUGGUUGAACUCAGGGUUAUUUAAGCACUACCAGCGUGGAGGUGGCGUGGGGGCAUUUGGUGGCCCGGGUAGAGGCCGUUGUGGCUGGGCAGCAGUUGGGGUCAUCGGACAAGCCGGGAAGAGACUCAGAUAAAAGACUGGGCUGA